AGCUUUCUGCUUCUGAAAUUCUGAUGCACAUGGGGCUACUGUCGUGUCCUGCCGACUCCCUGAUGCAGAGCUCUGGGAAGGUGAAAGAGGAAGAAAGACAUCUAUUAUACAUGUGGGCUUGUCAGCUGUGCUGCUGGCUGAGAGAUGGGAGCUUUCGUCUGCUUAGACCUGCUGUGCAUGCAGUUUAAGCUGGGUCUGAUUGGGUGUAACAAGACCUUAGGCAUAGGAGGGAGCAGAUCAGCAGUUUAGAUUGCAGCUCUGCAUCGUAAGAGCUGAGAGCAGAAAAAAAGAGAGAAGCACUGGGUGUUGAGGACAACAGAUAGACUACUGUGCUGGCUUUGAUGGCAUCUCCAGUUCAGAGCAGUGCACCAAAAGGAGAACACAUUUGUGAGCAUUAAUGGUUUGCUCAGUCAUUUCUAAUUCUGCCUGCAAUUCUGCGUUAUGGAUUACCAGAAGGUGACAGCGAUGCAAGAAUAAAUCCCUUUUGUGCUGCUGAUCUGGAUUUUGUUUUAGGGACAAAGACAAGUUGCAAUCAGAAGGGAGAAGAGAAAAAAAGCCAGGAACAAUGGACAUGAACAUGCGGAAAUUUACGGUCAGGAGGUUCUUCUCUGUCUACCUUCGCAAGAAAUCCCGGUCCAAGAGCUCUAGUCUCUGCAAAUUAGAGGAUGAAGGUAUUGUUAAAGAAAUUGACAUUAGUCACCAUGUAAAAGAAGGUUUUGAAAAAGCAGACCCUUCUCAAUUUGAGCUUCUCAAAGUAUUAGGCCAAGGUUCCUAUGGAAAGGUGUUUUUGGUGAGGAAAAUCAAAGGCACUGACACAGGACAACUGUAUGCUAUGAAGGUACUGAAGAAAGCCACACUGAAAGUUCGCGACAGGGUGAGAUCAAAAAUGGAGCGGGAUAUUCUGGCUGAAGUGAAUCACCCAUUCAUAGUUAAACUUCAUUACGCCUUUCAGACUGAAGGAAAGCUGUACCUUAUUUUAGAUUUUCUGAGAGGUGGAGAUCUUUUCACACGUCUAUCCAAAGAGGUGAUGUUUACAGAAGAAGAUGUCAAAUUCUACCUAGCUGAGCUGGCCUUGGCUUUAGACCACCUGCACAGUCUUGGGAUAAUAUACAGGGAUCUGAAGCCAGAAAACAUCCUUCUCGAUGAAGAGGGGCACAUCAAGAUAACAGACUUUGGUCUCAGCAAAGAGGCAAUAGACCAUGACAAGCGAGCCUACUCGUUCUGUGGAACAAUAGAGUAUAUGGCCCCCGAGGUGGUGAACAGAAGAGGACACACACAAAGUGCAGACUGGUGGUCCUUUGGUGUUUUAAUGUUUGAAAUGCUGACUGGAUCAUUGCCUUUCCAAGGGAAGGACAGAAAGGAGACAAUGGCAUUAAUUCUCAAAGCAAAGCUCGGCAUGCCUCAGUUUUUAAGCCCAGAAGUUCAGAGUUUGCUACGAGCACUUUUUAAAAGAAAUCCCAGCAAUAGACUAGGUGCAGGGCCUGAUGGAGUGGAGGAAAUUAAGAGGCACCCUUUCUUUGGAACAAUAGACUGGAAUAAAUUGUACAGGAAAGAAAUCAAACCUCCUUUCAAGCCAGCAGUUGGCCGGCCAGAAGAUACUUUCCACUUUGACCCCGAGUUCACCUCCCGCACACCGACUGACUCCCCAGGAGUUCCGCCCAGCGCCAACGCCCACCAGCUGUUCAGAGGGUUCAGUUUCGUUGCGUCUAACCUUGGACAAGAGCAGGCUCAGUCUGAAACACGACAGAACACGGUGAACCCAAUUGUGCAGCAGCUUCAUGGGAACAAUAUUCAUUUUACAGAUGGGUAUGAAAUCAAAGAAGACAUUGGCAUUGGAGCAUAUUCUGUGUGCAAGCGGUGUGUGCACAAAAUCACCAGUGUGGAGUAUGCUGUCAAAAUAAUCGACAGGAGCAAGAGAGACCCAUCAGAAGAGAUUGAAAUCCUCCUACGAUAUGGACAGCAUCCAAACAUCAUUACAUUAAAAGAUGUCUACGACGACGGGAAGUACGUGUAUCUGGUGAUGGAGCUGAUGAGGGGAGGGGAGCUGCUGGACAGGAUCCUGCGGCAGAAGUGCUUCUCGGAGAGGGAGGCCAGUGCGGUCCUCUGCACCAUUACGAAGACGGUGGAGUACCUUCACUCACAAGGGGUUGUCCAUCGAGACCUAAAGCCAAGCAACAUCCUCUACGUGGAUGAAACUGGAGACCCAGAGUCUAUAAGAAUCUGUGAUUUUGGGUUUGCCAAACAGCUGCGAGCCGAAAACGGUCUGCUAAUGACGCCCUGCUACACGGCAAACUUUGUGGCCCCUGAGGUGCUCAAGCGGCAGGGAUAUGAUGCUGCCUGUGACAUCUGGAGCCUGGGGAUUUUACUCUACACAAUGCUGGCGGGCUUCACACCCUUUGCCAACGGACCAGACGACACUCCAGAGGAAAUCUUGGCACGCAUCGGAAGUGGGCAAUAUGCACUUUCUGGUGGAAACUGGGACACCGUCUCCGAUGCAGCAAAGGACAUUGUGUCUAAAAUGUUGCACGUGGACCCCCAUCAGAGGCUAACAGCCCCGCAGGUACUCCGGCACCCCUGGAUAGUGAACAGGGACUACCUGUCACAGAGCCAGCUCAUCCGACAGGACGUCCAGCUGGUGAAGGGAGCAAUGGCAGCGACGUAUUUUGCUUUGAACCGCUCACCUCAGGCCCCUAAACUGGAACCAGUGCUGUCAUCCAGUCUGGCCCAGAGACGAGGAAUGAAAAGACUCACUUCAACACGUCUAUAGCAGGCCUGGAGCAGAACAGCAUCAAGUGUCAAGUGCCCUAACUCCAAAGGAUGUCUCCGCCAGACUAAAGCAGAGCCCUGCUAUACUGUAGGUGACCCUGGGAUUCUGUCCUCUCACUAAUUCCUGUUCAGCUCAAACCAGUUCCCGGAUAACACCAAAUUUCCAGACCAAUUUCAGUGAUAUGGAACAGAAAAGUCAUUUAAACACAGCAGAGUAAAAGUGGAGUUACAAUUUUUUUUUUCUAUUAGUUUUACUUCACCAUUCUCACAGUAACAUCUUCAGCUUGUCCAGUUUUGAGCUUGGUAACACAGCUGGGGAAAGAGAGUAUUAAAAAGGACAAAUACCUUAAUAUCUCCCUGGCAGAAAGAGGCAGCUUCAAACUAUACAUUUUACAGCAAAAAUUAAAUGAUUGUCAAAUCUGUUCGGAGACAACCACUAAUACAAUGUAUGGGCUGAGCAAACCUUUUUUUCUAAUAUCGAAGCUUUUUUAGGACUAUAUUAUUUUACAGCAGGGAAUGAACAAGUGCCCUCAAAACAGGCCAGAAAGCUUUAUAAUUGUUACACUACACAAUGCCUCUGUACCUCUCACAAAUAGGAAUGAUGUCGCGCAGCAUUCCAAAAGCCAACAUUUCCUUAUAGCUAAUGCACAAGAGCACAAACGAACACAUCGUGAAUCAAUUCCAUUAAGCAAGACAGGCAGAAAGUAUCAUGUACUGUACAUUGUUUCGUAUACACUGUAUAUAUAAAUGGCUUUGCCAGAACAAAAGGGUUUCAUUGGGAAGUAAAAACAUUUUUCAUCAUUUUCUUUCAAUUUUAUAUGGAUAUGAUAAAGCCCUCAGAAUACUGUAUGUAAAUCAAGACCCACAUUAGAGGGGUAGUUAGGAAUUGUCUGUGGAAUAAUGAGAGAAAAUUAAGUUUUAUCAUUUUCAAUGUGUAUUUCAGUUUUCCACAUGUACCUGUUUUAAAACUGAGAGUCUAUGAUUUUGUUUUUACUUCACAUCUUCCACAUUUGUGCUGUAUGUGGGCAUGAGAAGAUACUUGCAAUUUGUUCAGUUGCUUUCACAGUACAGUAGUUGGUUCUGACAAAAAAAAGAAAAGAGUUUAGGGGCUUAGUGGACACCAACAUAACUGGUACCAAUCCAUAUGCUCUGUGCAGCCUUUGCAAUUACAUCUGGCUCAAACAGCCCACUGGUCUGCUAAGACAACAAUUUCCAAAAGUUUGAUCCAAACUGAUAAAAAGAGGAAAAUUUAAGCAUUUUUAUAUAAUUUUUAUUUGAAUCUAGAUGUUAUUCUUAUUUAGCAAACCUGCACAUAUUCUAUAGCAUUAAAAAACCUCCUAAACUCUAACAAGAUAUUUAAAGUACUAUUAAUGCAUUAUCUAAGUGGACUGAGCCCGACCUACAGUAACUGCAGUUCCACUUGAGAUAAUGGCUCCUUCUCAGGCCACAUCAGAGUACUCUCAACCCACUCUCACUGAGGCCUUUAUCCUUUAAAAUGCUACUUUUUCCUUACUCCAAUGAAUUUUCUACUGAUAAUGAUUAAUAUUCUUUUUUGUGUAGAAUGUGUGUGAUACGUAAAUGGUAGAAAUGAACAUAGUAGGAUGCUGAUGUGCAGUGUUACCGGAAAAUACCUACAGUAGGUGUGUCUUCAUACAAGGAGAUUCUAUAAAAUGUCCUAGCUGUCCUUGUAGAAAUAGAAUAAUAAACUAUUUUAUAUAGCGCCUUUAAAGGUGGCUUCUCAAAGCGCUUUACAGAAUGACAACAAUAAAUAAAAAGAAUACACAUGAUAAAACACAAUUACAAUACACAGUUUGCCGCAUUUUCAGUAUUUUAUCGUAGGAUGCUGUCUGAAGUGAAACAAUAUGUGAUUGAUUAAAGACGCAGAAUGGAAAAGGAUGUAGUAAAUCUCCUAAUGCAUGUCAAAUCCCUGAAAAUGUGUGCACAACAGUAGAGAUAUAAAAGACAAAAUUAUAUGCUUUGAGAUAGUACCAGACAGAACUAUUUUUAGCAAUCCUGGAAUAUAUGCCUUACCUGAUCGACAGAACACUUACCUUCAAUUGUUUUUCCAUCAAGGAAAGAGGGCUGUUUUGCAAAGUAUAAAAGCAAUGCAAAGUCUAUCCAAAUUCAAAGAGUACACAUUUUCAACAUGGUGUUCUUUAUAUUAGUAUACUAGCUUUCCGUCUCAAAGGUGUCAUUUACUUUGUUUAUAUUUACUAUAUCUAAUUUAAAUUACAGGCACCUGCUUGCUUUAGCAGUUUUAACUUUGGGCUAUUUUCAUGUUCAUAAUGAAAACAUGAACUGCAUGAAGGCAAUGUCUGCUAGACCUUUAAGGCAACAUCAAGGUAUGAAAUAAUUCCAACAUGUUCUUAAUGGCUGCUUCCAAAGACCUUAUUCCUCAACCCUUAUUUCAUUUUCCUUUUGCAUUUACACAAAACAAUGUUUUUGUAUAAUGUUGGUUGUGUCUGUAAAAUUGUAAAAUAUAUAUUGUAUAAAGGUCAACGUUAGCAAAAGAAACAGUGUAUCCAAAUUUCUAAAAACGAAUCCUUAACUUAUUAUUGCCAAAUCACAGAAGUGAACCAUUCGACUGGGCCCUGUUAGAACAUUUAAAUACAGUGGCUUUCUGUACUUCGCUGUUGGGGUUGCACUGGAGUAGUUCAGGAUUUAUUUAUUGUGCAUUCAAGAGCUAUGUUGCCAGAUGACGUAAACAGCUGGAGAUCAACCUCAUCAACUUAUUUUAGUCCUAUUAACAAAACACACAAUUGCAAAUUAGUUGCAAAAUUUACUAUUUCUGAAUGCCAGAAUGUCUUUCUUCACUUCAUUUUAAAUUUUGUAUCUUGAUGAUACUAUUGUAUGUGGUAUGUGAUUUUGCUAAUUUACUUUGUAAAUCAAGUGCACUUUAUAUGUAGAGUUACCUAUUAUAUAUUUACUGAUUUACUUAUGUAUUGGGGUCAUUCUCUAUAUGUAAAUGUUCUUAAUAUUAUGUUGCACUUUUUUCAAUUAAAAAAUCACAGCUUAAGAAAGGAUUACAUGAUAAAACAUUUACAGUAUGUAGAGCCAGCAUUAUAUUUUCAGUUUGGGUCAGUUGGGGUAUGUGUGUAUUUCAAGGUUUGUGCAGCUAAAUGCAGAGAUGGAUCUUUGAAUUAGAAUCCAAGCAACAUUGAUGCAUAGGAGAACCACAGAAACCGUAAGCACUUGAAAUUUCAGUUUGGCUAUCCAAAAGAAGUACAUUAUUAGUACAUUACCGAGAAACCCAGACACCAUAGUUCUUUGGCUUGUAAGGAUUCAGAGUGUGUGACAUUCAUUAGAAGGACUUCAGCUGCAGUAAACUUUCUCCAGUAUCAGUGCGCUAAGGUAGAGAUAGCAGAUCAGGCAGAACUCAGCAGCUCACAGUGCCGUGGAUCACUCUGACACAAGUCAAUCUUCCAGGCCCACACUGGGAUAUACAAGUUAAUAGUCCCCUGGAGUGGGCAAGGAGCAAAUGGUACUGUAUAUGGCUCAUGCAGGCAGGAGACAGUGCGCCACUGUCCGACAAGCAGGACCUUGCAGUCUCCCAUGCCGUUGUUAAUACUAGUUUUCCUCAUUUUAAACCACCCAGUCUGUUUGUGUCCCAAAUGUCACUCCUGCAGUCUGUGGCCAUUACAAUACAUCAGGGUUUCUGAUCUGCUCACCAAUUGACAUAGAAACCCAGACAGAAACAGAAUUUCAGAGGUCUUCACCCAAUUAUUCAGCAUAUAAAGAGUAACCGCUUCUUUUUUAACUGAAAUUUGAUUUUUUUUUUCAAUUAACACAAAAGGUUCUAAGGCAAUAUUAGGCAAACAAUGCACUCUGCUUCAAAAUACUUGAAAUCCACACCAAAGCAAUAGGACUACUGUCUGUUUUAACAUUACAAUAGUGGAAAAGUGGAACGUUUUUAUCUUUAAACGUAAACUUGAUGCCUUUUAACCUGUCACUGUGUAUGCACAGCAGUGCAUAACAACACAUGGUGAACAGUAGCAUUAACCUCUCUAAUUUGACUAUUUAAAAAGUAACUUGUUCAAUUAAUUACAACAUUGAGCUUUGGCUAAUCCACAUUUUAAAACAGUAAACUGCCCAUUAUCUAGUGUAAAUAGAUCCAUUUAUUUUCAUUUAGGGAAGGACUGAGUGUUAUGAUUACAAUCCUCAAAAGAGAACAUACUGUAUACUGUAGAAUGUUCCUAUCCCAGCCUUAAUAUAAUUCUUGCAAUUUGGAAAACAUAAAACCUUGUUUUAAAGACAUAAAGCUUUAAACAAAAAGUACAGAUCAAGGGUAUGAAAACAAAUGACAUGUAUAGUCUCAGUUUAUGGUCAUUAUUUUGCUGUUCUUCCUUUCCUGUUUUCUUCACUGUUAUUGCACACAGACCCUUGAUCCACAUCUUUUGUUUUUGUUUUUCCAAGAUUUUUGUUUUAUUGAGCAUUGAAAUAUUUGUAAAGUAACCUCCUGCUUAAUUCCAUAGAUGUCUGUUUUAAAAAUGUAUUAAUGCGUUUGAAAAAAAAAAACUAUUUAAGUUAUUGGACAACUAACCAUUUUUUUUAAAAGAAAAAAAGUUUUAAGAGGUGCAAUAUUUUUGUAGCACUGUGAAAAACCUUGGUACUUUGUAUAUUCCACAAGCGCUGAUAUGCGGAAUACUUUGUUCUAACUUUCCCAUAGACUGUUCCAGGUAAGGACCUCAGCUAGAACAGUGUUUUUGCUUCCAGUGUGGCUUGAUUUAAAGGCACCAAGAAGAUUUUGCUUGCAAUCUGUUUACCUGCAUGCUGAGGGUCUUUCAAUACAGUCUACUGAGAAACUGCUUCUGGGACUCUGCAGGUAUUUCUAAGUGAUGUUUGUUUUCAAGAAUAGUGUAGAAGCCCUGUAGAUAUCCAUCUUUGCUGUGCAAUGGCUUAGCAUGCCAAAACUUUAUAAAUAAAUUCAAUUAAAUCAA